UGUAUAAUAUUAUGUUCCUACGAAUCGAAUCUGGUCGUUCCUGAUAUAUCAGACACUCCAUAACAUCGAGAGCAGUGAUUGGCGUCUCCUCACAACGGUACCGUGCCCUUCGACAUCAGCUUCUGCUACCGUCGAUAUGCCUCCGCCGGCGGUUCCAGAGAUUUCGGAAGAGGUCCUACACGAAUCAAUCGAGGCCCGUACCGAGACCUUGGUGUCAUUGCGUGAGCUUGGCCCUCCCGACCUGGUCCACCUCCUGAAACAAAACCUCAGAAACACCGUAAAACAGACGGGAGUAUAUCACCAUGUUACCGGCGUCGAUGCGUCCUCGUCGGCUAGUCUCGCCGCUUAUAUAAACACUCUCACGUACAAGGAGCAUGGUCAAGUUGCCACGCACAAGAUCGUAGAAGGUCUAUACUGCUGUUACAACGCGUUCUCCCGGCUUGACAUGCGCGUUCACGUUACGAUUCCCGGAACAGUCGAGGCCUACUGCGUCGACGAGAGGGGAGAGAAACGAAAGGCUACGGACGAAUUAUGGCUGGAAACAUAUCUCUGCAGCGUUCUGCGAGCCUAUUCGUACGCUGACGACGGGAGCGGCGACACCAUUAGAAAGAUCAUGGGCGUGAGACGCUUUAACCCCGUUACCAACACCGAGACGGAACACAGAUUUCUGAGCGCUGCCGAGAGCCUCUUUUUUAGAGGUUGGCAGCUAGGCUCCGAUUCCGUCGUCCAAGUUCCGAACAACGUAUCGAAUCACUUGACCACCGGUCUUCUCAAAUAUUUCUAUACGACCGGACGCUUCACCUCUGGCAUCAAUCUCUUCGAGAAGCUGAGAAGUCAGAAUGUCGAGGUGUCGUCGUUACUUGCAAAAGUUCUCUUCAUGGGUAACGAGGAAGUACAAGGCGUGCGCAUAUUAUACCAAGCUCUCAAGGACUCUCCUAUGGAUUAUGUCAUGUUGGAUACCCAAGCCGAAUUUCUCCUCAAGAAAGCGUCGGCGGCCGAAACCCCGGCGCAAAAAGAGGAAAGACUGAAGAUGGCGCUGGGUUGCGCAGACCGCAGCACGAUCGCUGCGCCCAGCGAAUUCGGCACGUGGGCGAGGUUGGCGCAGGUUUACGUUGCUAUGGAAGACUGGGAGAACGCGCUCACGAUCUUGAACUCGUGCCCUAUGUUCACUUACCAGGACAAGGACGCGCCGGUCAUGCCAGAGCCGAAGGACGUCUACCUUCCCACUUUACCGGAAACGCGUUUAGAAGAAAUCGACAGCGAGCCGGAGUCCAGAUACGCCGAACAGGUAGACCCAAGCCUGCUUAACCUCCGCGCCGCGUCGUAUCGCGGUACUUUCAAAUUAGCCUACGGGAUUCUCACCGAGAUGACGGCAAAGAUCGGCUGGGACCAACUCCUUAAGAUACGGAGUAACGUUUUUGUGAUGGAGGACGAGUACCGAACAGAAAAGCAGGAUAGCGUCCCGCAGGCCCAGUCGACCAAACGCAAUCCGAGUAUCGACGGGUUACGCGGAACCCCAGAGCCCACGACCAACGGUGACCAGACCGACGACGAGGCCGACGACGAGAAGAGCGCAACCGAUACCGACUCCGUACCGCCCACUUUAACCAAUGGCCACGGCGAAGGGGCCGGAGUGGAGAAGCCGACUCAUACCAUCGACCCCGGCGAGGUUAAGGCUGACGGAGAUAACAGCGCAGCCACCGACGAGCAUCUCUCGCGCUUGAAUAAUAAGCGCCUAUGCGAAAGAUGGCUCGACAGCCUCUUUAUGGUACUAUACGAAGAUCUCCGCGUAUACACGAUAUGGAGAACGCAGAUGGCCCAAUACAGAGCUCAGUCGAUGCAAUACAAGAAAUCCGCCGAGGAGUGGGAGAUUCUAGGUGCCCUAGCAGAGCGCCUCCAGCACCACGACGAAGCAGUCGAGGCCUACCGGGCGUGUCUCGCCGCGCGAUUCAGCCCGAAAGCGUUAUCGGGAAUCCUUCGGGCGUUCGAGAAGCAGAAGCUAACAAGAGAUACCGUAGCUGCCGUUAUCCGCCUAGUGACUUGGCAAUAUCGUUGGUACUCGGAAUUUUCUCCGGACCUUCUCCAUACGAUAAGAGUCUUGAUCGAGGAAGAGGGCGCCGUCAAGGUUCGGUCGAUCAUUCAGGCGACGAGCCUCCCGCAAAAUGUGCUGGAUCUGACUCACCAUUAUGCCGCAUUAUGCGCCACGUUUAGAAGCAGUGGCACAGACGGUUAACGAACUUUUGGCGUGAGGAUUGAAAAUACUUAAGGACGAAGUAAUGCCUCAACAUGAUAUCCAUCUAUUCGCGUUUCAUCAGUGUAAAACA